GCGCCGAGUGGCAACCCUGUUGUCCCGGCAUUUCGAGCGGAAUUUGCGAAUUUUGUACUUAGCCACAGAAUAGCAAGAACAUGCCGCGUGUAGCCAAGCCGAAAGCUGCUGCGCCGGCCAAAAAGGCUGUGCCGGCCAAGAAGCCCAAAAGCAAGUUGUACGCGAUGCCGGAGAAGUUGGAGGAGGGCACAAUACUGACAGAUUUGGCCAAGGGCCAGUGGCGCAUUGGGCCCUCGAUCGGAGUGGGAGGAUUUGGUGAGAUCUAUGCCGCCUGCAAGGUCGGGGAGAAGAACUACGAUGCGGUGGUUAAAUGCGAGCCCCAUGGCAAUGGUCCUCUUUUCGUGGAGAUGCACUUCUACCUGCGCAAUGCCAAGCAGGACGACAUCAAACAGUUCAUGCGAAAGCACGGCAUCAAAUCCCUGGGCAUGCCAUACAUUUUGGCCAACGGAUCCGCAGAGGUCAAUGGGGAAAAACAUCGAUUUAUAGUAAUGCCGCGCUACGGCAAAGACAUCUCAAAGUUCCUGGAGGAGAAUGGCAAACGUCUGCCCGAGGGCACUGUCUACCGGCUGGCAAUUCAGAUGCUGGACGUCUAUCAGUUCAUGCACGGCACUGGAUACGUUCAUGCCGAUCUCAAGGCCGCCAACAUUCUGCUUGGCCUGGGAAAAGGCGGUGCAGCACAGGCUUACCUCGUGGACUUCGGUUUAGCCUCGCACUAUGUCACAGGCGACUUCAAGCCGGACCCCAAGAAAAUGCAUAACGGAACCAUUGAGUACACAUCCAGGGAUGCCCAUUUGGGUGUGCCCACCAGGCGGGCUGAUCUGGAGAUACUGGGCUAUAAUCUUAUUCAUUGGCUGGGGGUGGAGCUGCCCUGGAUCACGCAAAAACUUCUCACUUCCCCUCCCAAAGUACAAAAGGCAAAGGAGGCUUUCAUGGAAGACAUAGGCGAGAGCCUUAGGCUUCUGUUUCCGAAAGGAGUUCCCGCUGCUAUUGGGGAUUUUAUGAAGUAUGUCUCCAAACUAACGCACAACCAGGAGCCGGACUACGAAAAGUGCCGCAAUUAUUUUCUCAGUGCUCUCAAGCAACUAAAAAUAUCUAACAGCGGGGAUCUGGACUUCAAGCUGAAGCCACAGACUAGCAGCAACAAUAACCACAGUCCAGCAGGCACCAGCAAGGCAGCAGUAGCUAAGCGGGCAAAGAAGAUUGAAUCUCCCGCAGUGGACUCGUCUCUAGAGGAGGUAAUCUCCGCCAGCGAAGAAGAAGAGGAGGAGAAAGUGAAAGCACCACGCAAGAAGGCUGCUAAGAAGGUAUCUCCGGCAGCGCGCAACCACAAAGUUUCGCCCUUAAAGCGAUCCGCCCCUGCCUCAGCCACACAAGAUACGCCACCCAGUCAAAAGAGGGUGAAGACUGAGCCAAAGUCCACUCCCAGGCCAAGGGAGACACCCAAGGCCAGUCCUAAGCCACACACGCCCGCUGCAGCCAGGCUUAGAACGCCCAAUGCCAGUGCCAAGAUCAAUUUCAGUCCAUCCGUUUCCCUGCGUGGUCGUCCCGGCGGCAAAACCGUGGUCAACGACGAUCUGACCCCGCAGCCGCGUUCCAACAAGACCUACGAGUUCAACUUCGAGCUGGACGUGAGCAUGGACGCCAACGUGAUUGUGAACGUCAAGCGUAAGAAGAAGGCGGCCCCUGACCAGGCGUCAACGGUUGAAUCGAGGACACCCUCAUCCCGCAGCCAAGCCAGUUCGAAGGACGAGAGCUCCCCCGUGACCCGGUUGAACAUUCGUAAGAUGAACGGCCACGGGGACGGUUCUCCGUCUUCCGGACGUAGUCCGCGCACACCCGGCGUCGUCGUGCGCAAGUACAAGCGAUAGGUCGCGAGUCUUUGUUUUUCUAUAUUUUAUUAUUAAUGGCUCAUUGAAUAAAAAAGGUCAUUAUUAUUUUCCAACAUUUACUUA